AUGCACAAUUCCCCUGUCUCCUGGCCUCCCGGCGGGGGACAAGUAGCAGCGCCUGAAGGCAUGAAUGCGGUCGAAUUCGACUGGCUGGCUCUUCAACUUUUGAGGUACCGUUCAAAUGUGAAUUUCCUAACGGGGGAAAAUUUCUACUAUUUGAUCUCUUCUGAGAUUUCUGAUCCUGCACCUUCAAUGAACGGUUUCAUUGACUAUGCCGUUGAGAAGUACGAUGUCGGGGGAUUUAUUAUGUUGGCGGGCAACUCAGUAGAGCAAGGUGGCUUUCACAUUGGCAAAAUUGCGGCAAAACUGAGAGCUGGCCUAGGUCGCAAGAUCGAACAUAUCAGGCUCUCUCUUGAAGACAUAUUCAACGUCGUAUCAAGUAUGGAUUCCCAGAGCAUUACGCUCAACGACUUACCUGGGUAG